AACAGACCUCUGCGCUGCCCUCAGAGACCUGGCCUUUACAAUUAGGACGACCUUCCUCCGCAAGGAAGGACUGAGCGCCUCAGCCAGGCGGAAGCGGGAAGGGAGGGCGGACCUCAGAGAGCGCCCCUUCAGGGGGUCCAUCCGGACUUUAUCUCAGGCUGGAGGCUAAGCAUGGGGAAGAGCUGCAAGGUGGUCGUGUGUGGCCAGGCAUCGGUGGGCAAAACCUCAAUCCUGGAGCAGCUUCUAUACGGGAACCAUGUCGUAGGUUCUGAGAUGAUUGAAACGCAGGAAGACAUCUAUGUGGGCUCCAUAGAGACGGACCGGGGGGUCCGGGAGCAGGUGCGUUUCUACGACACCCGGGGGCUCCGAGACGGGGCGGAGCUGCCCCGACACUGCUUCUCCUGCACUGACGGCUACGUUCUGGUCUACAGCACGGACAGCCGAGAGUCCUUUCAGCGAGUGGAACUGCUUAAGAAGGAGAUCGACAAAUCCAAGGACAAGAAGGAGGUCACCAUCGUGGUCCUUGGCAACAAGUGUGACCUGCAGGAGCAGCGGCGCGUGGACCCAGAUGUGGCUCAGCAUUGGGCCAAGUCAGAGAAGGUGAAGCUGUGGGAGGUGUCCGUGGCUGACCGCCGAUCCCUCCUGGAGCCCUUCAUCUACCUGGCCAGCAAGAUGACCCAGCCGCAGAGCAAGUCUGCCUUCCCCCUCAGCCGCAAGAACAAGGGCAGUGGCUCCUUGGAUGGCUGAAGACUGCGUCCCUUCUUCACCUUGCCAGCCCCGUUCCCACUCCAGGAAGGGGGUUAGGCAAGCUGUCCUCAGUUAGUAGGGGAGUGCCCCAAUAGGUCAGGCUGCUGGGCUGUCCCAGGCUGGGGCCACAUCCGCUCCCUCCUAGCUCCAGGAAGUGCAGAUAACCCAGGUUAGCCCCCAUCCCACCCCACCUACCCUGCUUUCAUCAUCUCUCCCCUGCUGUGACAUGGGGCAUAUGGGGUUAGUGUCCCUGCCACCUGCCCAGUGGGAAGCAGAGGUGCCAUGCAGAAGUGCCCACCGUAGGGCCCAGUUUCUAUCACAGGGGUCCUGUGCCCCCCUCCCAUCAGUGGCACCAGCUUGGAGUCUGGAGAGGGGGUGCUCGGGUGCCGUGUGUGUAGAUGUACUCAAGUGUCCAUGUUACUGACCUUUCUCCUGUCCUGUCCUGCACCCUAAGAAGCUGGCUGGGAAGUGAGGUUCUCUUUUACCUCUUCUCCCAGUUGUUUCUCCUGCUCAGAGAACACAUGGCCUCAUUGGUUGAGGUGGAACGGAACCAGACCUGGGCCUUGAGUCACCACCUGCCUUUGUGGCCCACCAAGGCCUUUCCUGUCUCUGGGCUUCAGUUUCCUCACCUGUAAAGUGACGGGAAUUGUUUAGGUGACCUUCUGGAGCCGUUCUAGUCCUAUAAUUUUAUAAUGUUUUGGCUCCCGGCUGGCUAUGAUCCAGAUCAGAUGACCUUAUCCUUUGCGGCUCCCCUCUCCCCAUUCAAGGUGCUAAGGCUACUGCCCUGGAGGCUGGGGCACUCUCUCCCCCGUCCACCAGGGGGCAGGAGUGCACUACCCUCUCUAGGGAACCUCACCCUGGUGGGGUUGGGCUUCACCCCUUCCUGUGGUGGUUUUCAGCCAAUCCUUGGCCUUCUGCUUGUAAAUUACCAGUUAUAAAUUAGCUUGCUGCCUGGUGAAGGCUGGACAAGGUGCUCCUCUAGCCCUUCCCUACCUCAGAUGCCUGAACAGAACAAGGCAAACCAGUAGCAGCUUCUCAGGCACCCACAGAUCUGUCAGGGCACAGUAGGGCGGUCACGCUCAGCGUGCUGUCGGGUGAGCUCAGGGCCCACACUCCCCGUGCUCACGUGCUUCCCUGUCGUGCACAGCUAGAGCUGAGACAGCUCUGGCAGCCACCACCCAUGCACGCCUCUUCUCCCCAAAACGGGCGUGGUGAGCAGAGGGGCGGCCAGGGCUGGGCAGGUCGAGUAAGGCCAUAGGCUCAGGUUUAAGUUCAUUUAUUGACUCAUCAGACACAAUAAAACCACAACUAUUAUCAAAAA